ACGAGCCCUCAGCCUCAUCUCAGAUAAAUUAUGUACGUACUAGAUGUGUAAUGGCUACUGCCGGUCCUGCGACGAGAACUGGCCGUUCGGCCGACUCGAGACGUCAGCCUCACAGACCGCGACGUGUUCUCGGUUUCACGGACGCGAUGCGCGACUUCCAGAGUAUGUUUCCGUCGAUGGGCGCCGACGUGAUCGAAUCGGUGUUGAGAUCGAACAAUGGAUCGGUGGACGCCACUAUUGACCAACUCAUCUCGAUGGGAGGAGAGGAGGACGAGACGGAUAACGGUUCUGUUCCACAGGUGCCCACGGACGGAGAAGGUCCUCCCGGUUAUUCACCGCGACAGAGCCACGACGACGUCGAUCCUUUGCCGUCGUACGAAACGGUCGCGCGAGCUCAGCAGAGAGAGCCGGUCCGCAACGAGAGAAAUCAACGUCGAGUGAUAGUGAAAGCGACGAACCUGUCGCGGACAUCGGCAUCGGGCUACACGGCGCCGCUCGUCGGUUCUCUUCCCGAUGACUUUCUGAGGAUAAAACUACCGAAACCGCAGAAGUACGUACAGAAGCGGAGGACACACGAGCUUCCUUUAGGGUAUGGCACAGCACAACAGUCACUGGCCGCUCACAGGAGAGCAACGGCUGUUGAACCGAAUACUGCUUUACAAGUAUUAGAAGAUGAACGAAUUGCGCUGUACAUACAGAAUGAGGAGUUUCUAAGAGAACUGAGGCGGAACAGAGAGUUUAUAGAUUCCUUAGAAAAUGACCGAAGACGGCAGGUGCAGGACCACAUGCUACUGGUUUAUCCGUCCAAGAAUCGACAUCCGACUGCUACAGUGCCUCCCCACAUGACUAGAAACUAUAUGCCACCUCAGUCGGCUCCCAACGCGGCUCCGCAGUCAACGGUUGGAGGGCCGAGAGAGCGGGCAACACAGCUGUCGAGACGAGAGCGAUAUCAAGACAAUGUGCAGGAGCACGAGGUGCCGCCGGCUUCACAAUCAAAUCGAAACGAGCCGAUGCAACAGGUUACAGCCGUAGAUGGCUCUCCAGAACAAUCGACAACGUUGCAUGGACUUGGAUUUGAGGCAGAAAUGACCAACAGUGANCCUCCACCUGCAAGUGUAGGGUCCGAUGAUGACAGAGCAUUUAAAGAGAAACUUCGACAUAUGAGCAAAUCAACAAGGAAAAAGCUCCAUCAACUGGCUCGACUUUUCUCAAGGAAAAAGAGGAGACAAAACUUGUCUAUAACUGAUGCCUCAUCACAAGCCAAUCUGCUUGGUCCGGAUGAAUCAAGAUCGGAAUUGACUGCCGAUGCAAUUGCUGAAGAAUUGGAUUCACCCGAUGAAAUCCAGUUUCAACGAUCUCAUCUUCGCUUUCAAAUUUCGAAUGAUGGAGAACCUCAAAGAUCUGAUGACGACGAUGAUCCGAUUUGUUUCUACUCAGAAGACUACAACAUGGCCUUGGAGCCAAGCGAAGAGACAGCCGAUGCUGAGAAUGAAGAGAUGAAUGUGUAGUUUAUUGUGUAGUUAACCGUUUAUCUUCCUCAUAACUUAAUUGAGACUAAUGAUUUUCUGCAUGUGAUGACACGGAGAUACCUGACUUCAAUGUUUGGUUCAAGUAUUUUACUACACAUUUUACAUAUGUAUGGGUAGCUAUAGGAAUGGUGUCUGUUAAUCAUUUGAUUAACUCUGUAGCAUAAACUGUUCGAUGAA